AUGCCGCCUCCGUCAACUCCAAUCUCUUCAUCCCCUCGAUCGCCCCUUUUACCACCAGGUGCGCCCCGCCCCAACAAAUUUCGAGAUGCGAUUCGACCUUCUGUCGAAAUGGAACAAGAUAUCAGAGAGUCUAUUAAUCGUUAUCGUGGUAGUAUCAUUACCCUCGUCGCGCAAGAUUUUGAGAAGAAAGUUGGGCACAAGUUGAACAUGAAACAGAAACCAAAAACCGCAAUUUCGGCAGACAGCCAGACAUCGGUCAGUGUCCCUCCAGCUACUGCGAAACCUAAGAAUCGACGCGAGAGUUCGGCCCCAGGUAGACAGCAGGUAGUCUACGGAUCGGCAGAGUGGCAUGCGGCGAAUGAUGGGUUUGUUGAGAUGAGUGAGGCUGAGAGGGAAGCGGAGAGGAAUUUUUGGUCUUGGUUUGUUUUGCUGAUGUUAUUUACUGCUCUGCUUAUCUUUUGGAGUCAGCUUGAGUACCGAUAUCUAAGACCCUAGAACAGAUAGAUAGAGCUGGCAGACGAUUGCGCGUAUCUUCUCGGAAAUUUUUCACUGCGGGAAUUGGUUUAC